CAAUCGCAAUUUUCAAACUACCCCUCUAUUCCAACUCAGUCAGGUUCUGAUUUCUGAACCACUCGAUCCAUAGCCAUAUUUUCCCACCGCUAAAAACGCCCGGAAGAAAGAGAAAAAAAAAAGGGUAAAAGCGAGAAAAAUAGCAUUUGAGAGGUGGUUGUUGCGUAGAUUCCAUCAAUGGAGAAUCAGCAGCACGAAGUAAACGUUCCCGCCCAAAAUCGCUUCUCCGUAUUGAACUGCAUCGAUCUCUCCAGCCCCUAUACUCAAACUUCCGUUUCGUUACUAAAAAAGGUUCCUGUUUUUCCUUUAAUUCUCAGUUGCUGGGAGACUUUUGGGUUAUUUGAGCGUUCAUAAUCUUCAAGGGCUGUUUGAUAUUUCAUCAGGCGUGCUUGGAUUGUGGAUUCUUUUACGUGGUUAAUCAUGGGAUAAGCCAAGAAUUUAUGGCGGAGGUGUUUGCUCAGAGCAAGAAGUUAUUCGAGUUGCCGGCGAAGGAAAAAAUGAAGGUUUUGAGGAACGAGAAGAAUCGAGGAUACACUCCGGAGCUGGACGAGCUAUUGGAUCCUGAGAAUCAAGUUCAUGGUUAGUAAGGCUGUUGUUGCCUUCCAUUUAAUCGACUUUUGGUUCUAGCCUUGGUUUCCUUUAACCAUUUCUGUUUGGAAAUGAUGAGUUGAGGAUGGGAAGCAAAUGAUUUUUCUUGAGUAGGAGACUAUAAGGAAGGGUACUACAUUGGAAUAGAAGUUCCAUAAGAUGAUCCCGCAGCAGAGAAACCCUUCUACGGGCAUAAUAUUUGGCCAUCAUCAGGUUCUUCUUUCCCACCUAGGUUUUUGCCAUUGGUACAGAUUCGAUCUUUUGGUUAGAUAUGGUUGAUUUGCUACCCCUGUUUCCAAGCUUUGAAUUUGAAACCGGUUGUUAUGUUGAUAGACCUUUUGCCGGGUUGGAGAGAAACAAUGGAGAAGUUCCAUCAGCAAGCUCUUGAGGUAGCAAGAGUAGUUGCGAGAAUCAUAGCUCUUGCACUUGAUCUAGAAGCUGAUUUCUUUGAUAAACCGGAGAUGCUUGGGCAACCUAUUGCUAUAAUGCGACUGCUGCGUUAUGGAGGUCAGGUGUCUGAUCCAGCAAAGGGCUUAUAUGGAGCUGGUGCUCAUUCGGACUAUGGUUUUAUUACCCUCCUAGCCACAGAUGACGUCUAUGGCCUCCAAAUAUGCAAUGAUAAGGAUGCUCAACCUCAAGUAUGGGAAUAUGUAGCCCCAAUGCAAGGAGCGUUCAUAGUAAAUCUUGGAGACAUGCUGGAGCGGUGGAGCAACUGUAUCUUCAAGUCCACAUUACAUAGAGUUCUAGGAAAUGGUCAAGAGAGAUAUUCCAUUGCAUACUUUGCUGAUCCAAGUCACGAUUGCCUUGUUGAAUGCUUGCCAACGUGUAAAUCAGGGGAAAAUCCUCCCAAGUUUCCACCAAUUAAAUGUAGCACGUACAUGAGCCAGCGGUACAAGGAAACUCAUGCCGAUUUGAUUAUUUACGACCAGAAGGAACAUAGUUAGAGCUUUCUGUCCAAUGAUCGAGCUCAGUUUUGCGGAAGAAUAUGAUAAAGAUGAGAGUUUGCAGCCUGUAGGUGGCAAGGUUAGGCCUCACUUGCAGUAGAGCUCAUGGCCUCAGAUAGUGGUUUUUAAUUGCUGUACAAAAAUAGAUAUCUAGCGUAUGAUCGUUCUUACUACUAGUUCAAAUGCAUGUAUCUAAGCUACAUUCACCUAAAUCUAGCUAUGACCUAAAGCAGGUUCAAGAUGGUCACAGAGAAUAACCAAACCUGAACCAAUCCAAAAGGACAUCACACGUCCAAAUUGACCUCUUUUAAGUGAAAGAACAAAUAUCAGAAGAGCUCCAUUGGCCUACACUUUUAACCUUUCUCCAAAAAAUGGCCAUGGAGGCACCAAACUCCAAAUGAACCCUGUUCACCCCUCCAUAUGCUGAAACAGACUCCAUCCCACUCAAAUCAGAGUAAAUCAUCUCCCCGUCAAAAACUGAAUAGUUCCAUCAUUUGCCGGACCACUGUAAACCUAACUAACUUACCAAUUUCGGCUGCAUACAUGAUACAUCAUUUGCAUCACCCUAACAUUACUCUCAACAGGAUAAUGGAAGCCAAUAAUUGACGGGAGUUGACUAAGGGGUCCCCUUAGUCACUUGCCUAAGUCAAUCCUAGCCUUUCAAGUUCAUUAAAAUCCAAUGGCUCUAAUUAAUUCAAUUUAAUGAAGGGUAGUGUAGUAAUUACAUGAUUAUUUUAUUUUUAGAAAUUAAUAAUUAAAUAUCCAACAGUAGCGACCCCGGCCGUCCAGCCCGUCUCCUCGCCGGUCAGUCUUUUCCGGUGCGUUCCAGUGCGUUCCUGCCAUUGCUCUUUCAAACAAAACAAAAAAGCAUUCCUGCCAUUGCCAGUGCCAUUUAUUUUUUUGGUUCGUCCCAGAGAGAGAGAGAGAGAUUCUGGUCGGAAAAUUUUUUCCCGGCGACCACCGUGGACAUAGAAGAAUUUUCCGGCGACAGUGCCAAUUUUGUGAUGUUUGUUGACAUUUUUUGUAAUGUUUGUACGCUUUGUUAUUUUGUAAUGUUCGUAAACUUUGUUAUUUUUGUGCACCCUGUUUAUCAUCUUUGUCAACCAUGUUUGUAAUGUUUUUUAUGUCUAAAAAACAACCUGGUUGACUUUUGGAUGGAACUUCUCUAUAUAGGGAUGGAGCCUCCAAAGUCAACCCGGGUGUUUUUUCCCGUUCGUAUGGAUUGUCGGUCUAGUUUGUCAUUUUUGUCUACCAUGUUUGUACUGUUUGUAUGUCUAAAAAACACCCGGGUUGACUUUGGGAAGGAGCCCCUCUAUAUAGGGAUGGAGCCUCCAAAGUCAACCCGGGAGUUUUUUCCCGUUCGUAUGGAUAGUCGGUCUAGUUUGUCAUUUUUGUCCACCAUGUUCGUACUGUUUGUAUGUCUAAAAAACACCCGGGUUGACU